AUGAACAACGCUAUUGAGAAUGCCCUGCGGGAGACUCCCAUUACGCUCGUGGUCUGUGGGCUGAUGGGGAUGCUAGGUGUCAUGUCAUCGCUGGAGGUGAUUCAUCCUCUCUACUUGCUGCUGAGCCCGUCGUUGGUGUUCAAAGAGCAUCAGUACUGGCGCCUGGUCACUAACUUCCUUUACUUCGGUCCAAUCAGCGCUCAUUGCAUAAUGGAAAUUCAGUGGAUCUACUUGGUCAGCUCUUACCUUGAAGCUCAGUACUACAACAGGCGACCGCUCGACUACAUCUUGUUGCUGUUGAUCGUCGGUUGCUCGCUUUUGGGCCUGAGGUUUUCGUCGAUUGUGGAUGUGCCGUACUUAAGCUACAUGCUAGGCACAUGCAUGACAUACAUUAUGAGUCGCAUCUUCAACGACAUAGAAGUCGCGAUCUUUUUCGUGGUUCCCGUUCCAAUGCGCCUUCUUCCAUUUGUGCUAAUGAUUAUGAACACAAUGGUUUCUGGAGUGUCAAAUGAGGUCUUGGGCAACAUUCUCGGACAUGUAUUGUGGUACUUUUUAGAGGUGUUUCCUCGCAUCACUGGACAGAGUCCCCUUCGAAUUCAGUGGCUAUUCGAGUGGGCAUUUGCUGCGCCGUUAGGUCGGGUGACAUAG